AUGGAACCACUGUGCACCAGCAGCGGGCCGCAAGGUCCCAACCAGCCACCACCGACCAGCCCAGCCAUCGCCUCAGGCUCAGACUCAAACCCCGUCUCCGACUGCGACUGCUACUGCACCUCCGACUGCGACUCCCACUCCUAUUUCAACACCGACUCCGAAUCCGACCCCAACUCAGGCUUAGACUCAACCUUAGAUUCAGGACCAAACUCAGACUCACAAUUAGAAUCUGACACCGACUUCAAUUCCGACUCCGACUGCGACUGCGCCUCCGACUCCAACUUUGACCCCAACUCAGGCUUAGACUCAGACUUCGACUCCGACUCCGAUUGCGAUUUCGAUUUCGAAUCCAACUCAGAACCAGACUCAGACUCCGAGUUAGACACAGACUCAGACUUAUACUCAGACUCUGACCCAGACUCAGACUUCGACACCGACACCGACUCCGACUCCGACUUCGACUCUGGUUUCGACUCCAAAUUUGACUCCGACUCAAAUUCCUACUCCAACUCAGACUCCGAAUCCAACUCAGGCUCAGACUCAUAUUCAAACUCAAACUAA